AUGGCUGAACCAGUGGGGCUAGCCUCCGGAUUAAUUGCCUUGGCAUCGUUCGCUUUCCAAUGCAGCGUUUCGCUCUACGAGACUGUGAACAGCUUCCGCUCUCAUCCAAAGCGCGUGCGUGAACUCCUCGAAGAGUUGGAAGCUUUAAGUUCCGUAUUAGCUCCACUCGUCGAAUUAGUAAAUUCGACCUCUGACAUUGAUCUCUCGGUAUUGGAUCUACCGCUAUUGCGAUGUGGCAAUGCCUGCAAGGAGUUCCAGGAGGAGUUACUCCGAUGUGCGUCAGGUUCAAACAGUAAUCGGACUAGCUUCCGGGGCUGGGCCAGAUUGACGUACAUGGGUGACAAUAUGGACGAUUUCCGCAACUUACUGUCGGGAUACAAAGCCACAAUCAAUAUUGCCUUGACCGAUGCAACUCUACGUCAAUCUGCGAUCGCUGCUGAAAGCAUUAAGGAAUACGAAAAUCUCAUUCAGGAUGCCAAGGACGACCUUGAAGCUCGACUCGAAAGUAUUGAUAAAAAGUUGGAGCACCUAGUUGUCAAUGAUGCGGCUCAACCCGGACCAGAUGCGGCUGAGCUGCAGUCGCUCAGGGACGAGCGCCUUAGCACGGAGAAAUGCCUCCAGAUUUGUGCGCAGCUGUCGAGCCAUAUCGAUCAGAUUCAACUUAUGUCUGACGAGACGGAUGCAUCUCGUGGGUCAACCGGGGCAGAUCCAUCUCCCGAGACACUCACAAAUGAGGGCCUGCAAGAAUGCAAACAAAGCUUGACUGCGACAGCUGCCAAGUUGGAAAAGCAUAUGCGAGAUGUCAUGGACCGGCUACUGGCGAAAUCAAAAACAACCGUCUCGUCUGACGAAGAAGCUCAGGACCUGUCUAGACUACGCGAUGAAUGGGAAACCGCCCGGCAAUGCUUGGAUAUAUGCUCCCGGGCGGAUAGUCACCUAAAGGAGAACGUCAGUGUGAUCGAAAAUUAUGGCUCUGGCGACGCUUUGCAGUUCAUGGUCUCCGCGGACGGGAAGGUGCUGCACGGGAAGAACCGGGGUGUGGGUUGGAGGAGCAGGCAAGUGGGAGGCUACUUGAGCAAUGAGUCUAUCCAGCAGCUAUCACGAGACCUUACAACCAUGCACACAAGUCAUUUGAGGGGCGAAACCCCUUUUCCGAAGGCCGAUGUCACACCCAGUGCAGAGGAUGGGAUAGGGGGUGAAAUGAAAGCAGAAUUUCAAGAACGAUUCGGACGAGGCUUCACCCUUAAACCGGUAGCUUCGCCCAAAGCACAAAUAUAG